GGUGAAGACGGCAUUCGUAUCACAUGUGAAUCGAUGGCUGGGACUGAUUAUCCUGAUGAUCGUAAAUUGUUAUUUUUAGUUUGUGAUGGCAUAAUUACUGGUAGUGGGAAUGAAAAAAGUACACCGGAUAUUUGUGUUAAUCUAAUGGAAAUUGAACAAGGUUUUGAAGAUCCAAAUCCUCAAAGUUAUAUUGCUAUCGCUGCUGGAAAUAAACAGCACAAUAUGGCAAAAGUUUACGCGGGAUAUUUUCCAUAUGAAAAUCAUCGUGUUCCAAUGAUUGUUGUUGUUAAAUGUGGUAAUCCAGAUGAACAAAAUUCGCCAAAACCUGGGAAUCGAGGAAAAAGAGAUUCUCAAUUGAUAUUAAUGAGUUUCUUUAGUAGAGUUACCUACAAUGAUCGUAUGUGUGCUUUAGAUUAUGAUUUGUUUGGAAAAAUUCAUCAUCUGAUGGGCGUGACUCCAGAUUUUUUUGAAUUGGUUUUGAUGGUGGACGCUGAUACAAAAGUUUAUUCAGAUUCUCUAAGACUUUUGGUUAACUGUAUGUGUAACGACCAAUUAAUUAUGGGUCUAUGUGGCGAAACUAAAAUUGGCAACAAACGUGAUUCAUGGGUCACUGCAAUUCAAGUAUUUGAAUAUUAUAUAUCGCAUCAUUUGGGUAAAGGUUUUGAAUCAGUAUUUGGUGGUUAUUUCACAGAAUUAAAACUUACCUACAAUGAUCGUAUGUGUGCUUUAGAUUAUGAUUUGUUUGGAAAAAUUCAUCAUCUGAUGGGCGUGACUCCAGAUUUUUUUGAAUUGGUUUUGAUGGUGGACGCUGAUACAAAAGUUUAUUCAGAUUCUCUAAGACUUUUGGUUAACUGUAUGUGUAACGACCAAUUAAUUAUGGGUCUAUGUGGCGAAACUAAAAUUGGCAACAAACGUGAUUCAUGGGUCACUGCAAUUCAAGUAUUUGAAUAUUAUAUAUCGCAUCAUUUGGGUAAAGGUUUUGAAUCAGUAUUUGGUGGUGUGACAUGUUUGCCAGGUUGUUUUUGUAUGUAUCGUUUCAAAGCUCGUAAAGGUGAUAAUGACUGGGUUCCUAUCAUAGCAAAUCCAGAAAUCGUGCAAGAAUAUAGUCAAAAUGAGGUCAAUACACUUCAUCAAAAGAAUUUAUUAUUAUUAGGAGAAGAUCGUUUUUUGACAACUCUUAUGCUUAGACAUUUUCCUAAUCGUAAAAUGACAUUUUGCCCUCAAGCUAUUUGUAAAACAAUUGUGCCAGAUGAAUUUAAAGUUUUAUUAUCUCAACGUCGUAGGUGGAUCAAUUCAACAAUUCAUAAUUUAAUGGAACUUGUUUUAGUUAGAAAUCUUUGUGGAACUUUUUGUUUCUCAAUGCAAUUUGUGGUUUUCAUGGAAUUACAAGGAACAAUUGUGCUGCCUGUUGCCAUCAUGUUAACUUUCACACUGAUCAUCUCAUCAAUCUUAAAUCCGCCACAUGAUUUUGCUGAAUCAAUACCUUUAUUGAUGUUGGCUGCUAUACUAGGUCUACCAGCUAUAUUAAUUUUAAUUACUACUCGUAAACUUGUUUAUAUUGCUUGGAUGUUGAUUUACUUGUUAGCUUUGCCAAUUUGGAAUUUUGUUUUACCAACUUAUGCUUAUUGGCAUUUUGAUGAUUUUUCAUGGGGCGAAACUAGAAAAGUUGAAGGUGAAAGUAAAGGAGAUGAUCAUGGUAAAAAGGAGGGACAAUUUGACAGAUCGAAAGUUCCGUUGAAAAGAUGGGAAGAUUGGGAGCGUACUAGAAUUCGUAGAAUUAAACGCAAAGAACGUCAACGACAACAAUUAGAAAGUGGCUCCAUACAUUUAACACAUCUAAGUAUGGCCAGUGAAGAGGAUGUUAGUUUAAUUCCUCCAAAUUCAUCACAUUACGACGAUGAUGAAACAUCAUCAAUCAAGUCAGGUGCAACACAUGAUCUCGUAGAUGAAGAGAUUGCACUUAUUUUUUCCAAAUAUUUUUCUUUUUGA